ACGCAAAAACCAGAAGAAAACAAAUCAAAUUAAAACAAUGCUGCAGAGUUUUUUUUUAAUUUUUUUUUUUAUUUCUCUCCCUCGAAGAACCCUAAACCCAUUCCCCAAUUCGAUCGAGAGACUCGAUAAAUCUAAGAUUUUAUUGGGAUUUAUUAAUCCGUGAAUUAUGGCUACGCCAAUGAUCGCAGGUGCUGCUGUAGCUGCAGCUGCUUAUGCUGGUAGAUAUGGUAUAUUGGCUUGGCAAGCUUUCAAAUCCAGGCCACGUGUGCCUAGAAUGCGCAGGUUUUAUGAAGGUGGUUUCCAAAGUGCUAUGACACGCCGAGAAGCUGCUCUCAUUCUUGGAGUUAGGGAAAGUGUUGUUGCAGAGAAGGUGAAGGAAGCUCACCGGAGAGUAAUGGUUGCAAACCACCCGGACGCUGGAGGCAGUCACUAUCUGGCUUCUAAGAUUAAUGAAGCCAAAGAGAUGAUGCUUGGGAAAUCCAAAAACACCGGUUCUGCCUUUUGAUUGUCAUGUUUUUUGAUACGAACCCAACGAAAAGUAUGUAUUUUUACCAUUGGUUUUGUUAUGAAAGUGAUGAUAUGAUCUCU